AUGGGCACAAAAAACCAAACAUAUCUGACUGAAUUCAUCUUGCUGGGCCUUUCUUCAGAUCAGCAGACCCAGAUCGUGCUAUUUGUGAUAUUUCUCAUCAUCUACCUGCUGACUGUAUUUGGGAAUCUGCUUAUCAUACUAUUAAUUCAUAUUGACUCUCGAUUGCAUACACCAAUGUAUUUCUUCCUUAAAAACCUGUCAUUUAGUGAUCUCCUUUUCUCUACAACAAUUGUCCCCCAGAUGCUAUUCCAUUUGCUGGUAACAAGAAAGACCAUUUCCAAGCCAUGGUGCUCAAUUCAGAUGAUUUUUUUUCUAGUAGCUGGGUGUACAGAAAGCUCCCUGCUAGCAGUGAUGUCCUAUGACCGCUAUGUGGCUGUCUGCAAGCCCCUUCACUACUCCACCCUCAUGACCCAGAGCAUUUGUGUUCAGCUGUCCAUAGGAUCUUGGGCUAGUGGAGCGCUUGUGUCUCUAGUAGAUACAACAUUUACUUUAUAUCUUUCAUACCAUGGCCAGAACAUAAUUAAUCAUUAUUUUUGUGAACCUCCUGCGCUCUUGAAGUUGGCUUCAGAAGAAACCUACAAAGCUGAGAUGGCCAUCUUUGCCAUGGGUGUGAUAAUUCUCCUCGGUCCUCUCUCCCUUAUCCUUUUCUCUUACUGGAAUAUUAUCUCCACUGUGAUUCAGAUACGGGCAGGGGAGAGGAGACUCAAGGUCUUUUCUACAUGUGGUUCUCAUCUCAUUGUUGUUGUCUUCUUCUAUGGAUCAACAAUAUUUACCUAUAUGCGUCCAAAUUCCAAGAAAAUGAAUGAGGGGGAUAAGGUGAUCUCAGUGUUCUAUUCAGUCUUAACAUCUAUGAUGAACCCAUUCAUUUAUAGCCUAAGGAACAAAGAUGUUAAGCAGGCAUUUAGAAAAGUAUUUGGAAGAUAG